CAAGAUCAAUGCACUGGGUUGAUAUUCUAUGUUGCCUUUUACAUUUUUGCUGUUUCAUGAAUUAUUUAGUUGUUUUAUGUUUAAUGUAUAAUAGUGUGUUUAAUGGCAGGUUCCAUUGGGACUACUUUCUCCAUAUUGGUCUACUGUGACAUGUUUGGCCAAUAAUUGUGGAAAUAUUUAAGUAUUUUGUGUAACCAAAAUGUAAGACAAACUGCCUUGAAAUAUUCACUGGAAUAAAAAAAAUAGCUCCACUGUAAAAUGUAAGGUAGGUAAAUAGAAUAAUGAUGUAUUUUGCUCGUUUGCUGCUGAAACUGAAAGCAAAACAGUUUGAUAGUCACUAGGCUACUUGAUGUUGUGGUGUAACGACAAAAAAUCUCUGCAUAAAGCGUCCAUUAACCACCUAUUUUCCCUGCACUGUUUGUUUACUGUAGAUGCUUUUCAAUGGCAGUCAGACGCGACCACGCCCAUAUAAUUAAAGAAGAGUUUUGAUUGGUGCGCUGCUGCGCGCGUCCCCUGAGUCAGUUCGUCAGCAGCGGCGGUUGCCUUGGGAGCGAAGACACCAAAGUACACACAUGCAGAGUCGAGGCGUCCUGCUCUCCAGAAAUGUGACACACUACAGUCGUUGGAUUAAGCAAACCGAAUGAUGAGGCCAUAUUCCUGAGACUACAUGUACAAUGAGAUUCAUUUGAAGGCAGACAUGUCUGUACAGCACCGCUUGGUCCAGCUGUCAGCCGCGUCGCUCGCUGUUGUUCUCAGCCGCGACGAGGACAGCAAAUACAGCGCGAGCAGCACCAGAGGACAGGAUGUGUUUGCGGACUUUAAAUCGCAAAAUUCGCGAAGCUUCUGGAAUAAAAGACUCGUGAAAGCGGUGUCGGAAGUUUCCUUCCAGGGAUGGCUGGAGAACUACGUGCUUCUCGUCCAGGGCAAUGCCAAUAACUUGGAGGUUUUGAGGGAAGCGUGGAUGCGCAGGGCGCUGAGGUCGCCCAAAGGAUACACGAUCAAAGCAGUGGGUGAUCUGUCCCCUGUUCAGAUGUCACCAAUUUCCCAGUCUCAGUUUAUUCCACUGUCUGAAAUAUUGUGCUCCGUCAUAUCGGACAUGAAUGCCGCAAAUGUGGUUGUUAAUCAGGAAGCAUUGAUCAAUCACAUGAUGAAAGCACAUCCAGGAAUGACCAUUCCCACUCAAGACAUCCUGUACAGUGCUCUGGGAGCUCUUAUCAAGGAGAGGAAGAUCUAUCACACUGGUGAGGGUUACUUUGUAGUCACCCCUCAAACAUACUUCAUUACCAACAAUAUGGUGAAAGAGAGGAAUUGGUGGAGUGCUGGCGACAAUGACCUGUCAUCACCUCCUCCCAUCACGUACCUGGUGAGCAAUGAGAGCUGCAUGGACACCUCUACUGAGGUUCCUGUCAUGGCCCACUGUAAGUCCUGUUGCUGCUUCACCUCUCCGUCCAUUGUACCUCCAUCUGUCCAAGAUCACCAAUCCAUCGGCAUCAGUGAGUGCACUGGAAAAAGCCUCAAGUGGCCCAAAGAACACAAACCUUCCAUUCAGCACCAGUCCACGUCUACGGCAGACUACCAGGCCAGUGAGAUUAGUAAAUCCACCAACACAAGCCGCAAGGACAAGGAGAAAGCUGGACGCAAAUUUGGCCUUAACCUCUUCCGACGAAACACGGGUAAGAAGGAGAACAAGUCGAAUAAAGAAUAUGCCACAUUCUCUGGACAAUUCCCACCGGAGGAAUGGCCUGUCAGGGAUGAGGAUGACUUAAACAACCUCCCCAGAGAUCUAGAACAUGCCAUCAUCAAACGGAUCAACCCAGAUCUGACAGUUGACAAUCUAGUAAAACACACGGUUCUUAUGAAGAAGCUUGAGGAGAAAGCUGAGAAAGCAAUGGAGAAAGCUGUGGACAAGGGCAUUUCCACUGAAGCUCUUCUGUCUAAGCAGAGGCAUUAUACCUCAAAGCCUGUGGGGAAGAAAUCAGCCCCUAGAGCUACUCGCAGCAGGAGAAGAGGACCUACAUCCAAAGAGAAACAAAGGGCAAAGUGUAAAACCUUGCAAUGUGCUGAAGAUUUAGAGGCAGAUGAUCAAAUUCUACCUCACCUCAGAGCAGAGUUUGCUUUGGAUGAACCUGACAAUCAGGAAGAAAGUACCAGUCUGAAUCCAAAAUGUGUCUACAAGAAACGGAUAGACAACCCGUUUCUGGAAUUGCCAGGAAGAGAUGUGGAAACAAACAUCAGCCAUAAAGAACAAAGGAGGAGAGAAGCCAAGAUUCCAACCUCCGGACGCCGGGAAAGACCAGGUCACAGGUCAAAGUCCUGGGAUCUUCACCGGGCCAAAGCAAUCAAUGACAGCGUGGAGAAAUCUCACACACUGAAGGACGCAGCCUGUGAACAGCUCCAUGAAUGUGCACCGACUGUAGACUCCACCCUGGAUGUUCAACCAGUUCAAGAACUUUGUGGAGAUUACAGCUUGGCUUACCCUGAGAGCAGCACUUUGAGGAUAGAGGACAAAAUUAAGCUGAGAGAGAAUAAAGUCAGAAACAGGGAGUUCAGAGAUGGCAGAGUAAGAGAAAUUAAACGUCAGGGUGGAGACUUGAGACAUGUUCCUGACCAAAAGAACAUUGUAGAUCAUGCUACACAUUGUGAUACAACAGAAGUACCCCUCUCAUGGCCUAAACCUACAAUUCAACGUAGACUUUCCCUACAUCUACUUAACAGUAAAGAAGAGUCUCAUCAACGUCCUGAUCUGCUGUCCUCACACCAGCAAAUUGGCAAUAUAACUAGCCAUCAGCUGUCAAAUGGUCAAACACUGGACAGAAACACAAGCCAGACUGAGAGUGAAGUUUAUACAGAUGAUGAAUAUCACAUCUAUCAAAAGACAGUGGAGGAUGAGGAUGGAUGUAACUCUGUCUGCCUGAAUGAGGAAUGCGUUCUUGACCGUGAGGUAUCACAGACUGGCACAGCUCAUUGCCAUGAGCCUGUAUGUGCAGAUGGUGGUUGGGAUAAACAUUUCGUAGAGGAACAUGCUCAUCGAAAACCCACCAGAACCACAUACAGGUCGCAUGAGUACAGGUGGCAGUCUUCUAAUCACCAGAUCCUUCAGAAAGGUGCUAACUCCAAACAAGAAAUCCAGGGUCUGAGGAAAAGACCACAAGAAUCCAGUUUGGCAGAUGAUGAACAUGCCAAAGCCCUGGAAAGCAGCAUUUUUGACUACUGUCAGACAAGCGAAGUGGAGUCCGAUUCUGAGACCAUACAUAAAUCUGCAGAUGAAGCAGAAGCUGGCAAAUCUAACCACUGGAUCUGUCACCCAGAAUUAAAAGACUGCCAUCAGAGAACAAAUGAGACAUCUGAGGAUGCUGGCAACUUCAGUGCAAGCCUAAAUGGCCCUACAGGGGCCUGUGCAGGAGAAACCACAGAGAGUCAGAGUUACACAGCUGAUAGUGGGAUUGACUCUCCAAGGACACAUAUGAGUGUAACCUCCAGUAACUCAGCAAUACUUAAAGGACUGAAGGAUCGUGGUUUCCUGCAGAACCUUGAAAAGCUCCACUCCAACGGCAUUCACCCUCAGAGUUCACUCCUCAAACUUUCACCUGUCAUGAAUGUUUAAGCAAAUUAAAACGUAGCUCAGCAUCUGGGUAUAGUUAUAUUAUGUAAAAAAUUUAUAUAAUCCAACAAAUGUAAAUAUACCCCCCC